GUGGAGCGCGUAAAGCGGUGUGGCGCGCGCUCCGGGGACGCUGAGCGGCGUCGGCGGCGAGGCCUGAGGAGUGCGGACGGGUCCCGGUGGGUUUGCAAGGUGCCCCGUCCCGGUGGGUUUGCAAGGUGCCCCGUCCCGUAGCUGCUUUCCUUGUUGCUGAAUUAAGAGUUUUCACUGGCUACUAUUUUUGGCAGUGAAAAGGAAGAACUGAGGAGAAAACAAACUAUGAAAGUACUGGUUAUUGGCCUUGGAGGUGUAACAAAUGGGGGGAAAACAACGCUGGCAGAAAAGCUUAAGAAAAUGCUUCCCAACUGUGAUAUAAUCUCUCAAGAUGACUUCUUUAAGCCGGAGUCUGAAGUAGAAACAGAUGAACGUGGAUUUAAGCUAUACGAUGUACUUGAUGCCCUCUAUAUGGAUGAAAUGGUCAAAAGUAUUCACAAUUGGAUGAAAAACCCAGGAAGCUCAGGUGUUGUAACAGAAGAGCCAGAGAAUACGUGUGACAAUCUGAAAAAUACAGAUCAUGUUUAUAUUUUGAUUGUUGAAGGCUUUCUGCUAUACAAUUAUGAGCCACUUAAUGAACUAUGGAAUAGAAGAUAUUUUUUGACCCUUCCUUAUGAAGAGUGCAAAAGGAGAAGGAGCACCAGAGUCUAUCAGCCAGCAGAUACACCGGGGUACUUCGAUGGACACGUGUGGCCUAUGUAUCUGAAAUAUAAAAGUGAAUUGGAAGAGAAUGCAAGUAACAUUGUUUAUUUGGAUGGAACAAAAUCUCAAGAGGAGCUAUUAUCCUGUGUAUAUAGUGAUAUAAUACAGGAAUUAAAAAAGCUGAGGGAAGGAAAUCAGCCGGUCACAGCAUGAUAUGUAGAAAGCCUGUGUUACAUUUGAUACGAAUUGAAAACCUGAAGAGUGUCGUACUUGGCAAGCCAGCCAGCUGAGCCGAUGUUACAUGUGCAUCCAUAAUACUAGUUCAUACAACACGGGUAGAUUUGUAGUGACUAUUAACUUGGUAAGCCUCAGAUACUGUUGAGUAGUAUCAACAGUGCAUUAUUCUUUAUAAUUGCUUUAAUCAGUCAUGCUUUGGCUGAUCUUUAAAUCUGAUUGAAUGUGCAUAUUUUUGUGUUCAAAACAAAACUAUAAAUAGGCAGUUCUGUUCAAUUAAUAAGCAUAUUUGAACAUGGAUGGAUAUAAUUUGAAAUGGUCAUAUUGGACAGUGAUUACCUCUAAUAUUUUUACAAAUUUCUAAUCGCUGGUAAACAUGGUUAGGGGAACUAGCUAUAUGCUGUAGCAAUAGUAAGUUUAAGAUUGUAUAAGCUGUUACACUGCUUAUUCAGUAACUGAAGCUGUUAUUGAAUACCUUGUAACUGAACUUACUUAGACUUGCCAAAUACCUCUGUUGUGUUUGUCAAGUAAUUUUUAUGUUGUAUAUUGGUUCAACAGUUGGGAAUGGAUAUUUAAAAAAUCCAGAGAAAUCUGAAGAGAAGUGAGGUUGUUGGAAAGGGAUGGGGGAAUAACAUGUUGAUAUUGGAGAGAAUGCAGAUGCAUCGCUAACAAGAUUAAGUGCGUAUAUUGUGCAGAUCAGGGAUUGGAUGGCACAGGCUAUUAGACAAUAAAUGCAUGCUUCAGGGAGGAGGAAGGAAGAAAUAAUUCUUGUUAAUAUUAAUAGCUCAGGUUGAAAUUAUAGUACUGAAAGUGUUCAGAAAGCAGCUAUGCUAAAAUAUGUUAACAUUUUUUUACAAGAUUUGUGUACAUAGGUAAACUAGGAAACUGGAAAGUUGAAUCAUAUUCGGCUGCUGAAUAAGUAAUGUAUUAACUCUUACAUUUUCUAUGCAAUACCUUACAUUUUUAUCUGGCAGAAUAAAAAUCAAUCUACAGACAUGAAAAGCAAAGGAUGGACUACAUUACUUAUUAUGUGUCAGCUGAAAUGAUCAUGGUGAUUGAAAUGUAAUGCUCUAUUGUUAACAGUAUUAAGACUCCUAAACCUGUAUAUAAGAAAAAGGUCUUAAGCAGAUUAGAGCUGUAUAAAGCUAUGUUUAAGACAAAGUGCUUCCAAAUAAUAUUUUGUAAUUUUAUUUUGCAGUAAAAAUACUUUGAGUUGC